AUGCUAGAAGAUAGCAUUGAUGCCCGAUUGGCUUUGGUGUCGCUCAUCCUUGAAGACGCUAAAGAAGAUGAGGCUAUUUCUUUGCUUUCUCCUCCCAAAGAUUUGGCAAUGGGGAUGCUUCAAGAGUUUGUUAAUGCAAUCUUACCCUUGGUUCGUGAGUCACUUUAUGUAAAAACCCUUCGUCCAAAGGAUGAAGGAUUCUACCUGUGCUGGAAAAGCUCGGGCAUCAACGUUAACUAA